AUGAAGUUUUUGAAUUUUGUUUUUAUUUCUGGUGUUUUUGGAAGAGCGAUUGAGAUUUACGAUUUGCACAAUAUUUACAACCUGUGCAUCAAAGGUCUCCUGUUGAAUGAUAAGCGAUAUGCCCAGCUGAUGGCGAGUACCCAAUCCGAUAAUUUCUACAGUCUCGAAAACGCCUGCGACAAGUACAUCAACCUCAUCAUGAAGAGAAAGGACCUGAAACCAAAACCAAGUCAAAUCGCCCCGACUGAACAAGAUUUCGAAAAGAUUAUGCGACUGUGA